GAGGGAGAGCGACCAGGCAGGUUCUGUGCUGUCAGUGCAGAGACAGAUGCGGGGCUCAGUGUCACAAAUUGUGAGAAUGUUCAUUGUGAAGUCAACAGACAUUGAAACUUUUGAUUGCAGAGGGCUUUUAAGUGCUGGAUUGUGUGUCUUAAGUGCCAUUUUAAAAUAGAGUUGCUAAACCAUGAGAGAGUCUUAAAUAUAGAGAACAAACUAAUGGUUGCAGGGGAGGUGAAAGGGCAUGGGCUAAAAGGGUGAUGGGCAUUAAAGAGGGCACUUGUUGGGACGAGCACUGGUAAGUCUGACUGAUAAGUCACGAAUCACUAAAUUCUACUCCCAAAACCAAUAGUACACUAUAUGUUGACCAACUUGAAUUUAAAUAAAAAAAAAUAAAAGGGGGCCCUGGGUGGCUCAGUUGGUUAAAGGUCAGACUCCGGCUUAGGUCACGAUACUCUGGUUCAGGUCAUGAUUUCAGUUUGUGAAUCUGAGCCCAGCAUUUGUCUCGCAUGAUGUCUCUGCCAACAGCCCAGAGCCUGCUUCAGAUCCUGUUUCCUCCUCUCUCUGCAGAGAGAGGAGGGAAAGGGAAAAGAAAAGUAAAGAAAAUACAAAUAUGAAGAAAAAACGGAGUUGCUACUCUAAAGGAGUCUAAUGGGAAAACAAAUAUAAAAAGUGAAAGUAUAUGGUGGAGAAUUAAGCUUGAAAAAUCCAGACCUGUAUUUGAGCUCCUCCUGUCUUUACCACUUGGCAGGUGAGUGACCUUGAGCAACAUACCUAACCCUUUUAGUUCUCAGUUGCCUUAGCUAUGCAAUGCCAAAAAUAAUAACUACGUUACAAAUUUGUUGUCAUUUAAAUGAGAUUAUAUGUGUAACAUGCUUAGCAUAGGACCUGGCAUAUCAUUAGAGGUUGCCCCCACUCCUAUUAAUCAAAAGCUUAUCACCUAUGCUUUUACUCCUUUCAGUCCAUUCUCCACACAGCAGCUGAUGCUUUAAAAAAUGCAGAUAUCAACAUACCAUCCACCCACUUAAAACUCCUCUUGAUCCCACAUUGUUUUACAAGAAAGUUCAAAAAGCUUCAUGUGGUCUGUAAUCAGAACAACUGUAAAGUAACUAAGGUUUGUUGUGUCAUGUUACAUAUAACAUCACCCCAGAAUUUUUAUAUUAUAAUGAAGUGUUAUUACUAUUUACAUUAAAAUCAACCAGAUAGGUUCGAUAGAAUUGUUUUUUAUUUUCAGCUACUUGUCAUAGUCCCACCUAGUAGUAUAUGAGAAACACGUACAGUGAACACAUUCUCACUUUAACGCAUGGUUAAAUCUAAAAGGCGAUUUGUGACAAUUAUUUCCUUUGUUCUGAACUUUUCCACAUGCAACAUAGUACCUCCCAUUCAAGGUCCACUGUGGGCUAUUUGCUUAUAAAAUAAUGACAUGAACAGUAAGUGAUAGCUAAUUUUUUUUUUUUUUUUUUUUUGGUCAUGGGUGCUGGUGGAAAAGAUACUAAGUACUGCCUCUCCAGCCAGCCAUUUGGAAUAGAGAUCACUUGUCUGACCUGUGAAGUACAUGAAGCUAGUAGGCUACCAGUUGACAGAGUCAAUGAGAAGUAUGGGAAAUUACAGAUUAUAUGUGCAUAAAAUAUGUGGAAAAUACAGGCUGAGGAGUCUUUUUACAGAGCAUAUUGAGAAAAGUCAAGAUUUUCAAUACAGUUUUUUCCCCAGUGAAUGGUAAAAAUUUGUAACUAUUUCAGAUGUUUGCUAAGACUUGUUUUUUGCAUUAAACCCUUUUGACAGCAAAGAGUAAUAAAAAGAUAUGUUUAAUGGAAAAUUAAAUAUUGAUGUCUUUCUCAAGAAAACCAGUGCACAUGUAAUUUGUUCAAAAUGCUUUUUAAUAUUUUCCAACCACCAUGAGAGUUGUGAUAUCACUGAAACCAGAGUCGAAACCAGAAUAUACACAUCUGAUAAAGAAGGAUUUAUUUCCAAAGUUAGGAGUUAUUUUAAGAAGUCUACCUGAAAAUAAUGUUUUAACAAGUACAGUUGCAUAAAGUAUGUUUGCACACCAUUCUAUGAAGCUCAAAUUUUGUUUGAUAUCUUCUAAAUUCUUCUAAGUUAAUUUUAUUAAUUUUGUAGUUGUUAAAAGUUAUAAAUAUUUUCCUAUAUACACACUUAGUUAACUACAAAAGUUUUAUAGUGAACACAUUAGCAUGGCAUUACUUGCUGUCUUUCUUUACUACCCAUCAUUGACCAGAUUUUUAGAACUGUCUCAGCAAAGAACUUUGAAGAACUACUUUUAAAUUAACCUUAUUGUUCUACAAAUUGGUAUUUAAUUUUUCUUAAAACAAGUCUAUAAAUCAAUGCUGCUUGAACAUGCUCCUGGCUCGUGAACCCUUUAUAAUUGGUGUACAAGAUAAGGAGCUUGUACCAGAAUGUAAAUUUAUUAUAUCACUAAAUACACAAUUUAGAUGAGCUGAGAUAUUUUUGGUAGCAAGAUUUUCUCAGUGAGGAAAGAAUUGUGUUCAUUUCUGGCACGAGAUCCUUAUCUUGCAUGUUAAAUAACAAACUGAAGAGGGCAACAUAAAAAAUGAAUGUAUAAUACUUCUAACAAGUAUAAUUGAUCAGAUAUCCCCCCAAACCACAAAAUAUGGAUGAGUGGGAACAAAUCACUGAUAACUACUAGGUCCGUGUCAUAUCAUUGUAUGUCAAAAGAGGCAAUGAAAGCCAGUCUAAUAGACCUGAUAACUCCAAAAUAAGAGUUAGUUGAAAGUUUAGCAAGCUAAUUUCACCACAGUGGAUGACACUGGAGAGGAUGACAUACUCCCAAUUAUUAAGGGGUUCACAGUAAGACUGGAAGGGGCUGGACCAGUCUGGGCCCUGUAAUCUCUCCACCUAAUCAACUUAAGAUUUCCUAAAAGACAAAACUGAGGAGAAACUGUUUGGAAUAGAAUCCAAAUUGAGCAUUAGAGGGACCACAGAAACAAAAAAAGAUGGCUCAGGUAAAAAUUGGGGAGGUGAAUAGAACCAAGAGUUCUCUGAAAAUGAGCUACCAUGUUUUGAACCAUCUUAUAAAAAAAGAGGAGGAUAUCCUAGAGAUACAAAAUGUAAAUAUUAUUCUAAACCAGGCCUCUCUUUUGAAAGUUGAAGAAAAUUUAGUAUAAACGUGAGCAAAAUAAUAGGAUUAAAAUCAAACUCCAUUCAAAAUUAGUGUAAGAGCAAAGGGACUAAGUAAUACCCUUAUAGUAGUUGUGCCAGAAAAAUAUACCCACAAAAUAGGUGAAAACCCUAACCUAAUAUUUCAAAACUAGCUAAAAGUCAUUUUAAAAAGAUACAACAUGUGAAAGAAUAACAAGUUGGAAUUAGGAAAACUUGUAAAUGAGAUGAACAAACUCAAGAAAAAAUGAUAAAUAAAAGAAAAAUGUUUUCAGAAAUGAAAACUAAAGCAUAAGGUACAUAAGCAAAUGAAUACAAGAGGUAGUACCCUAGAAAUAGAAAGUAGAAAGGGGGAAAUUUCUAAAAAUCAAAAAGAAAUGGAGAAAGACAAAGGACUCAAGAGAUACGGACAUACUUGGAAGAUAGGCAAAGAAUAGCCAACAUCCCAUAUAAUAGGAAUUCCCAGAGAUGAAACGCAAAGGAGGAGAAUAGAGUCAAUAUUAAAUCUAUAGUCCAAGAAGACUUUCCUAAAAUAAGUCAGAUCUGAAACUACAUAUAAAGGAAAGAAAUCAUAUUUUAACUAAAACUGAUUUGGGGCUUUAUACCAAAGAAGUGAAGUUUCUUGUCUGAGAUCUUCAAGGAAAUAGUGUGAAUCAGGGAUUGGAUAUCCAGCCAGACUGAUUUUCAAGUACAAAAGAAGAGACAAAUUGUCAGUAACAUACAAGAAUUCAGGGACUAUUGCACUCACUAGCCCUUUCCUAGGAAUUUACCAGAGAGUAAAAUUACAGAACCAGAACGAGUAGAGAGACAGAAACAUGAGGUUUGACUAUGAGUAAUAAGAGUAACAAGUGGCAAUACUUUAUUUGUCCAUAGAUCUGUCUUUUGUGGUAGAUUGUAGACCCUGGAAAAACAGAAACUAUGCCUGCCUUGUUUGCAGUUAUGCUAGCAGGUGCUCAAAGUUGAAUGAACAUGUUAUCAGGUGGUUCAGAUGGUGUGAUUGUACUUUAUGACCUUGAGAACUCCAGCAGACAACCUUAUUACACAUGUAAAGCAGUGUGUUCCGUUGGCAGAAACCAUCCUGAUGUUCACAAAUACAGUGUGGAGACUGUACAGUGGUAUCCUCAUGACACUGGCAUGUUCACAUCAAGCUCAUUUGAUAAAACUCUGAAAGUGUGGGAUACAAAUACCUUACAAACUGCAGAUAUAUUUAAUUUUGAAGAAACAGUUUAUAGUCAUCAUAUGUCUCCAGUUGCCACCAAGCACUGUUUGGUAGCAGUUGGUACUAGAGGGCCCAAAGUACAACUUUGUGACUUAAAGUCUGGAUCCUGUUCCCACAUUUUACAGGGUCACAGACAAGAAAUAUUGGCAGUUUCUUGGUCGCCACGUUGUGAAUAUAUCUUGGCAACUGCAAGUGCUGACAGCAGAGUAAAAUUAUGGGAUGUCAGGAGAGCAUCAGGAUGUUUAUUUACUCUUGAUCAGCAUAAUGGAAAAAAGUCACAAGCUGUUGAAUCAGCAAACACUGCUCAUAAUGGGAAAGUUAAUGGCUUAUGUUUUACAAGUGAUGGGCUUCACCUCCUUACUGUUGGUACAGAUAAUCGAAUGAGACUCUGGAAUAGUUCCAAUGGAGAAAACACACUAGUAAACUAUGGAAAAGUUUGUAAUGACAGUAGAAAAGCAUUGAAAUUCACUGUCUCCAAUGGCUGCAGUUCAGAAUUUGUUUUCGUGCCAUAUGGUAGCACCAUUGCUGUUUAUACAAUUUACUCAGGAGAACAGAUAACUAUGCUUAAGGGACAUUAUAAAAGUGUUGACUGCUGUGUAUUUCAGUCUCAUUUCCAGGAACUUUAUAGUGGUAGCAGAGACUGCAAUAUACUUGCUUGGGUUCCAUCCUUAUAUGAACCAGUUCCUGAUAAUGAUGAGCCUACAACCAAAUCACAGUUAAAUCCAGCAUUUGAAGAUGCAUGGAGCAGCAGUGAUGAGGAAGGAUGACCAUCAAUCCUGAGUACCUCUGUGUCUCUGUUGAUGAAACUUUUAAAAUGCGACUGUUUUGUGUGGGUUUUGUUUUCUUCUUAACUGUCCAGUGACAGCUAAAUUAUCAUUAAAAUUGGAAUUUCUUUUUUAAUUUAAAAAGAAGUCUUCCUCUAAGCCACAAAUAACUAUAUUGCUUCUUUCUAGUUCCAUAAAUAUAUAUGCUCCUUAUAAAUAAUUCAAAUGACUUUUGAACAGUCACCUGGAACCAUAUCACCCUAAGGUAACUACUACUAACAUUUUGGUGGCCAUUCUUCCAUGCAUCUUUUUAUAACAUAAUUUUACAUAAUGGGAUGUUUGGCAUGUUGCUGCUGUCAUGGAAGUCCCUCUCCUCCCACAUGAGCAUCUCUCUCCCCAUCCCUGACGACAGUCCACAUUAUUAACCAAGUAUGUGUGUGUGUUCUUUCACAUUUUACAAUCCUAUAUGGACCUGUAUAGAUAUAGAUGGGGAAGUAUUUUUAUUUUGCAAAAAUGGAAUGUAUACAGUUCUGUCUUGAUUUUAUUUCCAGUUAAAGCUCAUAGGAGUCCUUGUUAUUUGGUAUAAAUAGGUGUUUGUCU